AUGUCGAAAACAAAAAAGGGUCAAUCAUCAACUCCACCGUCUUUGCCAGUAAUGACAGAUCCGGAAUGUGCAGCACGCUACGAACGUGAAUUAGAAUGGUGUGUAAAUCAACUUAAUUACAUGUUAAUGUCGAAAUCAAAUAGCAAAAAUGAUCAGGAACAAAAACACGCCGCUCAGUGUACAUUACAAACACUGACAAAUCCAAAAACAUCAAUUAUUCGGAAACGUCAAUUAAUGCAAAGUCAAACUCAAAUAAUGAUGAAUAAAAAUUGUGAAAUUCCUGCCUCAUCGCGUUUUAUCCGUAAACACCAAAAUAGUGGCAAUAAUAUCACUACAGACGAUAACAGCGAAAUGAAUCAUAGAUUUACAUUUAAUUUUGAAAUUUCAUCAACAGACAAAAAUGAAAACUUUGAAAAUCUUAUUGAGAAAUAG